UUCCCCUAUUAUAAAGAAACAACUUCGGGAGUUUAGAUGGAUGUUAGGCAUUCAUUAUUAAAUGAUUAUUUGUAAUUCAUAUUAGGUAAUGUAGGAAAGUAUUACGCAUCAUUCAAUGGAUAAAUAACAACAAUUGGUUAAAAUUUGGGACCAGGAUCAUAUAUUGUCACAAAAUAGGGUUUAUUAUAGAAAAUGAAAAAUAAGGAUACGAUUCAGAUAAUAUAUUAAUAAAAAAGAAGUUUGAUGUUUUGAUUGGCAAACACAACGUUCCUAAAAUAGAAGAACAACAACAAAUUAUUCAUGUAAGUGAGGAGGCUAUAAAAUACAGCAUUUAAUUGUUGGAUUUUCAAAUAUAAAAUAAUUUUAUGAUAAGAGUGAAUUAGUAAAUAAAAUUUUAGCAGCAUUCCUUUUAAAAAGUAAUUUUUAAUUCAGUAAAUAUGAUCCCUCUAAAUCCAAACGCUGUUGAUGAAAGCAUUGAACUUAUGUUUAUGCUGCCUAAAAAAUAAAUAGUUUUAUUGAAUGAUACUGUUUAAAGAACUAUAAAAACCAUUUCCUUACCUUAGAUGUUACUUAUUAGGUACUUACUGGAGAUGCAAAUUUUGUUUUAGGAGUAAGUGAAUUUAGCAAUAAGCAUUUCAUGGUUGGUAUUUCGGUCCUAGAAUUUUCCUAGGUUCUGGUAGCGUCAUUAGCGAUUUUCAAUAAGUUGUUGAA